GAAGAGGCCUGGAAUGCAUACCCCUAUUGUAAAACUGUUAUCACUAACCCGGGUUAUAUGAAGCAAGGGUUUAGCAUAACGAUUGAGACCAUGCAUUCACCCGAUAGAGGCACUCAAGAAAAUGCACACUUCUUGCCGCCCGAGAAGUUAAAACAAAGGGAAGUCGUGUUCAUAGACAUCGCCAACGAUACCGUUCUGACCAAAGAUUACAAACCAACGGAAGAUCCGACGAAAAUGAAGUCCGAGAAGACGGGUAGGGGUCCACUGACGGGCAAGAAUUGGCAG